AAUGCAUAUGAGUUUACAUACAAAUGAAAAGAAAUUCAAAUGUGAUUUUCCAGACUGUCAUUACGAGUCCUGUCGUAACAAUCUACUUCAAAGACAUAUGAAGGUUCAUACGGGAGAAAAGCCCUUCAAGUGUGAUUGGCCCGGAUGUGAGUUUCGGACAUCUAAUAAAAACGGUUUAAGACAUCAUAACUAUAGACAUACGGGAGAGAAGCCCUGGAAAUGCGAUUGGGUUAAUAGUGAUGGCAAUGCCUGCAACUGGUCUUUCCGUCAAUCAACGCAUUUGAAGGCUCAUAGACUUAAGCACACGGGAGAGCGACCGUAUCGGUGCGAAUGGCCUAAUGCAAUUACAGUAUCAUCGCCCCGCCUCCACGCCUCCUUAACGGGUUAG